GCACAAGUAUCUGUACAGAACACAUGAAAAAGUAUAUCCCUUCGUCUAAGGGCUUUACGGUAGGGUUUGAUUUUCCCCUGUAACCGGAAGUUCCUGCUUCAACUUCCUUGGUAACGAGAAGCCAUCGCAACCACUUUUGGUUAGCAAGUUUCACUAGCUCGCUCGAAACGCGUUUGCCUCGGUUUACUGUAACGUUACGUUCAAAAAUAAACGAAAGGUUUCUCAAGCUUCCAAAUAAAUAGCCGCCGAGGAAUAAAAUGCGUAGCGUGGUUGAUUUGUGAGGACAUGAACAGCCGCCAAUGGGGCCGUCUCAUCCUCGUCGUCUUCUCGGGUGGGUGCUUGGCACAAACGGAGACAACGCCGACUGAUGGGCAAGCCGUGAGCUUUGCGACCCCCUCUCCGGGGGUCACCGACCGGGUGAACUUCAGCAGUCGCUUCCCUGGCGCGAAUGAGUCGAUAAAUAUUUCGGUCGGAAGUACUGGUACUCCCGUUGCAGAUAACCAAGCUUCCAUCGCUGCUACCAUCUCACCAAGUGCAGUUCCAACAAACGGGGAAUCUGUUAACUCAGCGACCCCUUCUCAGGGGCCCACCGACAGCGUGAACUCCACCAGUCUCCCCAGUGGCACCACGGAGUCGACAAGUGAUACAGUCGGAAGCACUGCGCCUCCAAAUGUGGGGGCCUCAAAGGCUUGUGCCUGCGAUUUAACUCCUGGUGUCUGCGACAUCGGCUGCUGUUGUGACAUUGGUGACUGUGGCGUUGCUGACCUGAGUACCAUCUUCACAGAAUGUCAUCAGAAAGCGAAGUCAGGAGCAUGCAUUGAGAAGUGGCAGAUGUUCCGGACCAAUGUGGAUUCUUCUUUAGUCACUGUGACUGAAUCUUUGUUUUGUGUUCAAUCUGCAGCAGUUGACCAUUUCAAGGUUCCCACUGCUCCACUUCAGCUUCCCUCUUUAGGGGACUCGUAUCACUUCGCACCAGCGCAACCAAUCAGCGUCGGCCACAGCAGACAUUUUUAUCGGGUCAACGAUGUCAUCCAGACGUAUUUCACCAGUUCAUCUGUGCGAGGUCUCCUUCGUCAGCCGUCUCCGGGAGCCACCAGUGCAUUCUGUCUUAAUCGCAAUCCUGCACGCUUCUUAAGAUCCGAGUCUUUGUCCUGUACUCGCCUGGUAACCCCUCAGUCGUGCACCAAAGACCCAAAUCUCAGCGCGCUCUCCUACUUCUCGGACCUGAGUCUAAUCCAAAUUCCAAAACCUGCGCAAGAACAAGUGUCCGACCUUUUGAUCCCAGUGUCCCCGCUAUCUGACUGGCCUGCACCAAGCGAGCAAAAUAACCUUUGUGUUAAUGUGACAAAACAGGUUGAAUUUGUCAUCGUGUACACAGACAGAGGAGCACUGGCAAGUGCGACAGUGAAUGUUGUUUUAGCUGAUGUGGAAAUAAACCAGUUGUUUCAACAAGUGCACUCGGUCCAAUUCAAGCUGGGGACACCUCACCCGUCUCCACGGCUAACGAUCCCUUCAGUUGGAGUGCGGGUGGGAUCCAGCAUCCUCGGUCGCUUCCAUGGAGUAGUGAAACCCGUAACCGUAAUGGGGGUGCCGCGAGCUGGCGAGUGCUCCUCUGACCCCUAUGCACGGGCGAGCAUCCUCUUCACACAUAACACAAUUGCAGGCUGCGCAUUUAGUUCUCCUUCCAGGGACUGCGCCGAGCUGCGAUCCAACGUUCGCUUCGUCUUGCAAGGAGAAGAUGCUAUUCCUGACAUGAUUGCCAUGAGCUCGGGCUCCCAACCGGAGUGGACCAGAGUGCUCAAAGAGGAGUGUCCCGUCAGCUCGGAGGAAACAUGUGCCUCAGGCUGCACCCUCCCACACUCGCUCUUUGUGCAAGUGCUGUGGGCUCGUAUGGGCCUCCUGGACCUCCCUCAGAGCUACAUCCUGGGAGUCAAGUACCUUUUCCGGUGUCAAAAGUUUCAGUGUCCUUUGUCUUCAACCAUCAGACUAACCACAGAGGUCGCGUUUGCUGACAUGACGGUUUACCGCCAACCGGUGCUAAAGAUUGGCUCGCCUUGACUGACACGCCGUGUUUGUCUUCGGCACCACAGACCUGGAUGGACUCAUUCUUGUUGAAGUUAAGGUCACUUGGAGUUUAUUGCCGCUCACGGUCCGCUUCCUAACAGGAUUAGAAUUCUUCUCCAGGGUAGCUGGAUUGUAGAUGCAGGGGUUGUUGGAAGUGUUGCUAAGGCAUCUUUAUUAGUCCAAAAGAAAUUCUACCCAAACACUGGCUGACAUGGCAUUUCUUUAUUGAACCAAGUCUUGUACAUUUUUAGUAACAGCAUUUGGGGCGUAGGGGCAUUUUAUUUAUUUAUUUAUUUGUACACAUCUCCUUCCGUAGCUUCUCCUUUUCCUCAGGUUAGCUCCUAUGCGUUCUUUUCUCCUUCUUCCCCGAGUGAAGGACAUAGUUGAAAAGAUGGGCAAUUGCAGCCGGCGUUACUCCUUGCAAACGCGUAGCAGCACCAAGCUGAGGAGCACAAUGAUCUUAUUUCAAUGUCUGACACAACUGGUUGACGAAAAUGUUGUCAGUUGUUCUUCCUCCUCAAAAAAACAAAAAACAAACAAAA